AUGUGGUUCUUUUCUCGCACGUCAAUGUCAGCUAACAACAACGAAACUCCUGUCAAGAAGCAACUUGCGGCCAGCGGAAGUUGGGAAGCCUUCAAGAUAUCGAGGCCAGACCUAGAGCCUGACGAUGACUGGUCACGCUAUCCCAUACCAGCAGAACUGCAAACGUUCGAGGAAUACGAUGCUUUGCCCGAAAAGCUCAAGCAGAUUCUCGUAUGGUCGCUAACACUCACUGGCCGUCCCGUUGCGACCAAGCCACCAGUUGCCACUGAGCCGAGAUCUCUGUCAGAUUCUUCUGGACAAGUUGCAAGAAAUGAAACAUGCCGACCACAGACAAUUACAACUUCACUGCUAUCGCCCGACACAUCAAAGUCAACCGGGGGCGAAGUAGAUUCAGAAACCCGCAGCGUAUAUUCCGCACAUGCACCUUCAACAUCAUCCAGCGGACACAAAACCUCCUCCAGACCACGCCUUCCCAUGACUGGCAUCGUCGGAUCCACUCUUGACCUCAUAGCAGCCCUCAAACAGAAAGCGGAAAAGGACCGAUCGCCUGCGGCCGUCCCAAAGAUCCUGAAGGUGCCCCUGGUGGAAUGUACCAGCUGUUUUGACGAAUUUGGGAAACCAGAUACUGCGAGGCUGCCAUGCACGCACUCUUACUGCAAGCCGUGCUUGACAACAUUGAUCACAACAGCCCUCCAGAACGAAUCGAGUUUCCCCCCAAAAUGUUGUCUUACGGAAAUUCCUCUAAAGACCGCCCUACUUCCACUGGACAGCAAACAAAGGGAGACAUAUAAAGAGAAGGCUGCAGAGUACUCUAUCCCUCCGCAAGAGCGCUGGUACUGUCCGAAUGCAAAGUGUCUGAAAUGGAUCCCGCCUGCGAAGCUACACCGGCAUCGCAACACUAACCAGAAAUGUCCGCAUUGUGCAUGUGCCUUAUGCAGCAUCUGUCGGGGCCAAGCCCACGACAGGACGUCUGACUGCCCUCAAGAUUAUGGCUUGGAAGCAACGAUGUCUCUUGCUGACUCAGAAGGUUGGCGCCGCUGUUACAAAUGCCGAACAUUGGUUGAGCGCUCCACAGGCUGCCGACAUAUGACCUGUAAAUGUGGUGCUCAAUUCUGCUACGUUUGUGGCGUGAAAUGGCGUACUUGUCACUGCACCGAAGUCGACGAAGCCAACAGGCAAGCAGAUCUCGCCCGUCGGAGAAGAGAUAGACAGAGCGCUCUUGACGAUGAGGCUGCAGAGAUCGCUCAAGCAAUUGCUGAUGUCGAAGCUGUCGAAAGACAGGAAGCAGAAGAACGUCAUCGACACCGACAGGAGCAAGAAGAGCUUGAUGCUCAACUGGCACAACUGGAACAAGAGCGUUUAUUAGAGGAAGCAGCGAGAAGAGAGGAGGCAGAGCGGUUGGAGCGCGAAUAUGAAGAAAUGCGACGAAUUUCCGUUGCUGAGGCUUGCGCCGACCUACAAAGCACGUUAGACAAGCUCGUCGAUGCACAAAAACAAAUGCUGGACAAUCGACACGUGCGAGGAGAACGACGCUUCUCACAACAGCGGGAUGAGCAGAUCACAGUGCAGCAAAAGCAAAAUCAAGAGCUUCAAAGCACGAUGGAGUCCAACAUCAACAAGAGAACCUCCCUUAUCGAACGUAAGCACAAAUCCGACAUAGGUGUCUUUACCGCCGAGCAAGACGAGCUCGAGGACGAUCUCUUCCUUGAGAUUCAGAUGCACCUUCAUGGGAAGAACGACAAAGAAGCAAGAGAACGACGGUUGCAAGAGAAAUUCAAAAAGCAACGUGACGAAAAGUACCAAGAGCUCAUCAGCAAGCAUAAGUCUGAGUCGGAUGCGCUGAAAGCCAAUGCCUCCAUGGAGUUGAGUGUGCUGAUCCGGAUGAACGACGAGAAGAUGGCCAAGGUUAGGCACACAUACCUCUGUGAGCUGGAAGCUCAAGUGUCGGUGGUAGCUGCAGAGCGUGCCUGGUUCAAACUCAUCACUGAAAGGCGCCAGAACAUGCUUUCCGCAAACAAUCGCCUGAUGACCGAAGCUGUCGAUGUUGGCGAGGACCCUAUUGGACUUAUCGAGAAUGGUGCUGCAGCCAUCGGUCCCACUCUUCCGGAGAGGAUGCCAUUGUCAGACUCGCAAAAUGAUGGUGCGACUAUGAAACAAGAACCAUUGGUGUCGUCACGAACACCCCUGACUCCGGAUUCUUCUGCUCCAUCGCUUGUAGAGCUAGCAGAGACGUCUGGAAGUCUGGUCUCCGGCUUGACACCACAAACUCCUACGUCGCCGUCCUUCAACGUUGACGAACAGGCUGCAUGGUCAGAUCCACUUCGAGCCAACAGUGCGUGGACGUGGAUGACAGGAACGAAUGAGGCUCAGGCUGGUCUUUCGGGUAUUUCUGGGCCUCAUCAAAACCCCGAAACAUGCUCACCGACGGCAGACAGCCAGCAACUUUAUCUCAAUAAUCCACAAACGAGACGGCCUGUAAGUCGCCGCGCAGUCCCAGUGCCUCUCACUUCCGUACACUUACCUCAACGAAAGCCUGUACCGGUCCCAGGGAGUCUACAGAUUCGUCGACCACGACGCGCACCAAGCAUGGAAGGCCUGCAAGUCGCGGAACCUCCGAACAUACCUCGCGUGUCUAGGGUGCCGGCGAUAUACUUCGAGGACCGUGACGCCCUCCCGCGAACCCCAGGUGCGUUUCCGGUCUCGCCACCAAAGCCUAGGUCACCGCUUGAUCGAGAAAUUACACGAGUUCCUUCGCGUCGAGCACGACCAUACAGUCAUUCGUCCAUGGCCAGUUGGAACUCGAGUUCGCCAACGACGAUCUCUCCGAUCUCGCCUCCUACAGAGUUCUCUACGCCGCGAACCAGUGUCGAGACGACUGGUCACUCACGGUCGCCUCCAGAGUUGUUGCCAGAGGUGAAGCCCGAGGAGAUACAGCAGGUGCUGUCGCACCAUCAGAGUCGCGUAAAGCGGUUCUUUGGCGGGAGAAGCAAGACACCCUUGACCGAUGAGGAAGUGAAGCAGCGGAUGAGGCGAAAUGUUGGUGAUGCGUUCUACUAA